ACGAUUUAAAGCGAGCCGAACCUCUGAACGGAACGGAACGGAACGGAAGAGUAGAGCACGCCGUCUGAAUGGGAUACCCCCUGGAAGAAGCACCUCCACACAGACAGAGACCUCUGACUAACCUUGUUCCAAAUUCGAAUCGCUGCUGACCCAUGGCCCGGCCAAUGGACGAUCGGGAGCGCGAGGCGAUUGUCCAGAGCCUGCACAAGGACGUGCUGUCCCUCAAGGAGAUGGUGCGCAAUCGAGAGAGCGAGCUGGUCAAGCUGCACCGGGAAAUCCACAAGCUGAAGAGCGUGCUGCAGCAGACCACCAACCAUCUGAAUGUGACCAGGAAUGAGCGGAACGAGCGGCUGCAGCAGUCCCCGACCAAGACGAAGCUCUACUCCCUGCCCGAGCAGUGCGGCGAGGUGACCAGCAGCCAUGCGAAUCCGCACCUCUGCACCUCCUGUGGCAUGGUGCUGCCCAGCAGCCCAGAGUUUGCCAUGGAGGCACUCUCUCUGGGGCCACCCACAGGCAAAACCACAGACACAACGGCAACGACAGCAGCCCCUGAGAUGCGUCCCAAGCCCUUGCCGGCGGCCAUCAAGAAGCAGGGGGUGUCCGCCGAGAGCUGCGUCCAAUCCAUGCAGCAGUCGUACAGCGCCCCGAUUCCCAAGUACGAAAAGGAUUUCAGCGAUAAGCAGCAGAUCAAAGACGCCAUCAUGGACAACGACUUCCUCAAGAACAUAGACGCCUCGCAGGUGCGCGAGCUGGUGGACUCGAUGUACUCCAAGAGCAUAGCGGCCGGGGAGUUUGUCAUUCGCGAGGGCGAGGCGGGGGCCCACCUGUACGUGUCCGCCGCCGGGGAGUUUGCGGUGAUGCAGAACGGCAAGGUGCUGGACAAGAUGGGGCCGGGCAAGGCCUUCGGGGAGCUGGCGAUCCUCUACAACUGCACGCGCACCGCCUCCAUCCGCGUGUUGAGCGAAUCUCGGGUGUGGGUGCUGGACCGACGGGUCUUCCAGCAGAUCAUGAUGCGCACGGGCCUGCAGCGGAUCGAGAACAGCGUCAACUUCCUGCGAUCGGUGCCGCUGUUGCGGAAUCUCAGCGAGGAGCUGCUGGCCAAGAUCGCCGACGUGCUCGAGCUGGAAUUCUACGCCGCUGGGACGUACAUCAUCCGGCAGGGCACCGCCGGCGACAGCUUCUUCCUGAUCUCGCAGGGCAACGUGCGGGUGACCCAGAAGCUGACGCCCAACGCGCUGGAGGAGACGGAGCUGCGCACCCUCUCGCGCGGCGACUACUUCGGCGAACAGGCGCUCAUCAACGAGGACAAGCGCACGGCGAACAUUAUAGCCCUUCCGCCGGGCGUGGAGUGCCUCUCCCUGGACACUGACUCCUUCAAGCGGCUGAUCGGGGACCUGUGCGAGCUGAAGGAGAAGGACUACGGGGACGAGAGCCGCAUGCUGGCCAUGAAGGCGGCCGCCCACAGCCACGAGGUGCUCGGCGCGCAGGCGCAGGCGCAGCAGCAUCAGCAGGAGUUCCCCGACCUGAGGCUCACGGAUCUCGAGGUGGUCAGCACCCUGGGCAUCGGGGGCUUCGGCCGCGUGGAGCUGGUCAAGGCGCACCACCAGGGCCGCGUGGACACCUUCGCCCUGAAGUGCCUGAAGAAGCGGCACAUCGUGGACACCAAGCAGGAGGAGCACAUCUUCAGCGAGCGCACCAUCAUGCUCAGCUCCCACUGUCCGUUCAUCUGUCGCCUGCACCGCACCUUCCGCGACGAGAAGUACGUCUACAUGCUGCUGGAGGCCUGCAUGGGCGGCGAGAUCUGGACCAUGCUGCGGGACCGAGGGUCCUUCGAGGACAACGCCGCCCAGUUCAUCAUCGGCUGUGUGCUGCAGGCCUUCGAGUACCUGCACGCCCGCGGCAUCAUCUACCGCGACCUCAAGCCCGAGAACCUGAUGCUGGACGAGCGCGGCUACGUGAAGCUGGUGGACUUUGGCUUCGCCAAGCACAUAGGCACCAGCGCCAAGACGUGGACCUUCUGCGGCACGCCCGAGUACGUGGCGCCCGAGAUCAUCCUCAACAAGGGCCACGAUCGCGCCGUCGACUACUGGGCCCUGGGCAUCCUGAUCCACGAGCUGUUGAACGGAACGCCGCCGUUCAGUGCCUCGGAUCCCAUGCAGACGUACAACCUCAUCCUCAAGGGCAUCGACAUGAUCGACUUCCCCAAGCACAUCUCCCGCUGGGCCGUGCAGCUGAUCAAGCGCCUCUGCCGCGACGUUCCCUCGGAGCGACUGGGCUACCAGACGGGCGGCAUACAGGACAUCAAGAAGCACAAGUGGUUCCUGGGCUUCGACUGGGAUGGGCUGGCCAGCCAGCUGCUGAUUCCGCCCUUCGUGCGGCCCAUCGCCCAUGCCACGGACGUGCGCUACUUCGAUCGCUUCCCCUGCGACCCCGUCGAGCCGCCGGACGAGCUCUCCGGCUGGGAUGCCGACUUCUAGCCCACACUUGGUUGACCCUUGGACCCCCACACUUGCAAUAAAAACCUUAGAUAUCACGUCAA